CUUAGUAGGUACUUCUAUGUAAUUCUUAUAUUUGUACUUACUUUGCAGUAGGUGAUUAACGAAAUUCUAAACUACUACAAAACUUUAAGAAUUAUUAAAAAUAACCUUUUUUUUAACAAUAGAAAUUGAGUAAAGUGCUAAAUUACUAGUCUUCAAAAUGGGAGAUCUACAAGAGGAUGAUAAUAUGGAGUUUCGAGGAGGUACAUUGCAAAUAGCCACCGAAAGCGCAAAUAAUACAAAUAGAUCGGAAAAUAGUGGAGGAUCUAAGCAAAACAAAACACCAUCUAUAGCUAAUCCCUCAGUGCUAUCUGGUGACGAUUCAUUAUCGUCCUCUGCAUCAUCGUUUGCAGUUACAGAUGCAAGACAAGAGCCACAGAGUACAUCUAAUACAGAGCAACCAAACACUGUGUACCCCAGAUAUGAUGUGCCUUUUGACAAGGAUAGCAUUAAGGACUUCUUUACUUAUAGAAGAGGUGUAGUAGAGAAUGCCAUCCAAGAAUGCAUCACAGGCUUAUUAUUCCCUGAGGAUGGAGAAUAUCUUGGAUCCUGGUUAUUGACUGAGAUAACAUUGUGGGACAAUGAGAAGGAAAGGAUUGUAUUGUUGACUUCAAGAUUAGUAAUGACAAUUAAAUAUGAUUUUAUUGCAAUGAAACAGCUAGACUUCAGAAAGACCUACUUAGACGAUUUGGAUACAGUUGUCAUUGGUGAAUUAGUGUAUCCACCAUCUUCUUUAGUUCCUCGUCUGAACGGUAUCGCGACUGGUGUCACUACAGUGGUCAAAGACUGUGUCAUAGAUCGACUCUGCGGACGACCAACUGCUGAAGACACAGCUAAACCGUUCGAUCCAAAAUAUUUUGAACCUAGGGAGCGGAAUUUACGAGGGGUUCGUAUGAUGUGGAAUAAGGGCGAGCCACUGUCGCUGAAGACCGUGUGGAACCCGUUCAGUCAUGAUGUGCCAUUCAUCACGUUUGCUUCACACCCUAUCUAUUGGCAUAAGGAUGGCGGCGUAGAGGAACGUACAACGUAUGACAUGGAAACGUUUGCACAGAAACUGCAGCGCGCCAUCGAAGCCAUGCCCUCCAGCUCAUGCUGCAUCCACCACUCCCCGAUCGUCAUCCAGAGUUACGUCGGCCUCACCUCAUUGCUUCACAACAAGACCAGCAUGGGAUUUUUCAAAGUUCGUGGAAAGUUCAGUUUUUAAUCAUGCCAUCAUGUAGCUGGUCUAUGUAUCUUUGUCAAAAUAUUAUAAUCGUGUGUAUUACUUAGGUAUUGGAAGUUUAAAUUGUAUCGCUAUAUAAAUAGACGAAACAGUUUGUUGUGUCAAACGUUAAAGUUACGAUUGACGCGUGUUACAUUUGGCGUAGGCUUAGAUCAUUUAUACCUACGUCUAAACAGACAGUAACAGCUGUGAAAACGAAAAAAACUAAGGUUAACAGAGCCGCCCUUAUUCAUAAUAAUUUGCUAACUUAAAGCAUUGCUAAUUCUCACUCUGUCUUCUUCUAUUGACCUAAGUCAGAAUGAAAAAUAACACUCUGUAGCAGCUGUUUUAAGUUAGCGGACCAUUAUGAAUAAGGGGGUUAAUCUCUAACACAAAGUAGCAUAAAUACCGCGAGUAUAAGACGUAUUUUGUCACGCAUACUAAUGUUAGUAAUAAACCUGGCCUGUUUUCAUCGAUUGUCUAGCAACAAGAGGCUCUAUCUAGACGUAAAAAAUAUCUAAGAGUGUUAAUAUUGACAAGAUGUACAAAAUAAUAACAGUUUAUUAUUAAAUUUAUUAAAAAAUCGUUGAAUUAUACUUCGAUUAUAAUUCAAAUGUUGUUCACCUUCUUAAGUGUAAAUUCCGCUUAGAUUCGUCUUCAAUCAAUUCGAUACGUGUUUCGCCUCUACACGAGGCAUCCCCAGGAGAUGUUGACUCGCCAGAUACUGGCGCGAGUAUUGUUUAUGUUGUUACAUUAGAUAUUAUAGCAGAGGACACGUUUUAUGGGCUGUCAUAAAAAAUCAACAUAAUUAUCAAAUCAUGGUCCAAUAACGGCCUCUGCGCAAACGUUUCUUAAGCGGUGUAUAUUAUUAAAAUAAAAAGACUUAAGGGCCUACCUUAAAAAAAGACAAAGAAAGAAAAACAUAAAGUACAAAACAAACCAAAAAAGAACGUAUUUAAAUAGUAAUCGAGUAUUUUAAUAUUGGAGAGUUCCUGUGCAGUGCAGGAAAUAGGUCACCGGCUCGGGAUUAUAUGUCGAUUAUCUGUAAAAUUGCUUUUAUUUUUUUAUUUCUUGUAAUGUAGUCUGCUGACAAGACUUGUCAAAUCAAAAUGAUAUAUUAUUUUUGACUUUAUUAUUCAAACAUUACCCUUUUAUUAUUAUCGUUUCGAUACACGAUUAAGUUAAAUUUUCUUGACAGUAAUAAACAACGAAGUAAGCUUGCCGGUUUUUACCGUUAUACUUAUAUUAUAAUACUUAUAUUAUAUUUUAAGUUAAAAUUAAGUUUGGUAGACUUGUACUUCUUUUUGCUAAAACUUAACUCCAAUAAAUUAAUAAAUAAAAAUUAAAGAAAAAAAUUUAUUGCGCUUACGUCACUUAUGGUAUAGUAUUUUGCUCUUACUACCUUCUUACCUACUUACAUUAUUACCUUCAUCUAAGACACGCCCAUGCUGUUUCAACCUAUUUUGAAUGUACGGCCUUAAUAACUUGUCCAAAACGAGGAUGGUUAUGUAGAUAAAAUAUUUUGAAUUGAUUGCGCCAACCGAGUGUUCGUUUAUUAAUAUAUUUAAAAAAUACAAAUAUAUUUAAAUUCUGAAUAUUGAGUUAAUACAUCUCUGAAAAUGUUAUCCCAGUAAUAUGUUACUGCGAUAGUCUCGAUAAUACGAUUCCAAUUAGUAACUAAAUUUUUAAUUUCGCACUAAUAUUUUUUAAAUCCUUUUAAUAACAUUCCCCUCAUCACUUUGAGAUUUUAUUUUCAAAGUAAUUAUAAUAAUUAUUAUGAAUUAGGUAAAUAUUUUCUUCAUCGAAACAAAUACGUCACACAUAUUGCAUUACUUGAUAUAGGAUUGUGAAGCUUCAGAAUAGGUCAGUUUCAUCUAUCAAAAUUAAAUUACGAAAGUAUGUUAUUUAUAAUGUUUUUGCCAUUAGAAAUACUAAUUUAUUAUAAAAACUUGAGAGUUAUUUAUAUUUUCAAAAUGAAAAUCAUGUUUUUAUUAUCUGUAUAUCACGUAAUCGAAAACGGUGAUCGCCAUUUUGUGACGUCACUAUAGCAGAAACAAUUUGAUUUUAGCAACACACCGACGAUACUACUAUGAAAAGUCGUUUUUCACUUCUCAUGCUCUGAAAUUGCUUAUUUGCGCACGAUAUAGGCUGCACAAAAUCGAUUUUUGUGCACAAGUGCAUCUACUCAUAAAUGUAUCUAUAUUAAGGCAAAGAAAAUGAGCCAUACAGCCAAACACAAUAAAAUGUUCAGAGAUAGAAUUUGUUAUUUUUUAAUUUAUUUGCCUCAUGUGUUUUGUUAAAACAUAAAAGAUAAUAAAAUUUAAAUUAAAAUACGGUAGGUUAUUUAAUUAAUUAAAAAAAUAUAUAUUACCAAAUUAAUUCAAUAGUAGGCUGUAUAGGUCUGGAGCCCAAGCCUAAUAUCAAUGUCGUAAGAUUAAAAAAAAAAGCGACAGGAAACAGGUCUUGUUUUUCGUGCGUUUAUUAAUUUCUUCAAAUUUGCUAAAUUGUUAAAAAUGUCCAUGUUAUACUACUGUUUUAUUUCCUCGCAAUCGAAAUGAAAAGCAGAGUUUAUAACUCGUCGACUAAACCUUUUUAUCCUCGACAUUACUAUCAUAUCUGCUAAAAGUCUCGGAUAAAAAUGGUUCGUUUUGUGCACUCGUUGUAAAAUCUACUAUUUAUUUUUAGAAUAAUCAACAAGUAUUAACGUUUCUUUGUUUAUGCUAUUAUGGCGUCGCGAUCAUGCCGGCUUCCGUUUUGGCGCGACAUUCUAUCAUUUAAAUUUAAAAUAAAAUUUCAUAGCAUAAAGUGGAAUCAAUUUGAAGAAAUAAAAAUACCAGUUAGUAUUCGAAUCUUUUUGAUGAUUAUAAAAUAUAUUUUAAAAAAUUGAAGAAUAGCCUAUUAUUAUUUUAUGGAGGCUCAGUGCUUAGAGUCACUCAAUCAGUACCUGCGGUCUAUUUCAAUAUAUUAAUUUGUCAAUUUAAACCGUAACUGUGAUGUUGCUUAAAGUUAAACAUGUGUUGAACACUUGUUUUAAAAAUGUUCUAUUACAAAUCUGUGUCUUUCUGUUGUUAAGCGUUCAACAAUCUUUAGACAUUUCUUAGAUUUAAACACGAGUCAUAGCUUGUCUAAGGUGUGUCUAACAGAUAGAUGAUAUUCGGAAGAUUUAAGAUAUGAUGAUGACAGAUAGAUGACAGCUGUCAAAAAUUGCGUUCCCUUUCUAUAAUUAUUGUCAUACUGUACUCAGGAGUACACUUCAGUUUAUGUUGUGCUUAACAGCUCACUGUUUUGUGAUAGAAAAAUAUAAACUCCAUUUUAGACGUCGCUAUUGUUAGGUCACUGACGUUGUUAUAGUUAGUUUACUGUCUAAAGACACGUGUCUAAGCCAUGUUUAAAUUAUUUUAUUGUAAUAACAUCGUAUAUGUUCUAAAAAAUGUAUUAAACAACUAUACAGUUGCUUUAUUGUAAAUAAAACUACUUGAUUUCAUAUAACUUUUGUAGAUUGUCUUCAGCCAAAUUUUGCUUGUAAGCACAUCAAAAAGAAGUACCUGAUAAAAUAUAGUAUUAAGUUUUAUUUGAUUAGAUAUUUGAGAAGAUAUUUAAAAGUAACAGUAAUAAUUAUUUGUUACAAACAUUAAUUCAUUAAAUGAAUUUGAAGUAUUAAACACUGUAUGAGUACUAACAUAAUAUUUUUAAGGGUGGUGCAAUAGUACAAUCGAGUUAUUAAUUAUUAUUAUUAUAUUGUAGAAAGCUAGAUAUAGAAUGAAGUGUUUUAAUAUCAGUAAUGGUAAUGUUUAAUGUUGUAAUUGGUCUUUUUUUUUUAUUAUCCCAAUAAGCUCAGGCUCCGGCGUGGAUUUGAAGUAUUUUCACAAAAUACAGAAUAAAGUAGAAACCAUCAAAGCGCACAAUAGUGAGUCAGUGUGAAUACGCCGUUGUUGUGUCGUUCUCACGUGCAAAAAUGCUACCAGGCAUGCGAAGAAAUCGAACUAGCACUGAAGGGGAGGAGUUACAGUACAGUGUUUUUGUGCGUUUAUUCUCACAAAAAUUGUUUCAUUUAGUUUUGAUGCAAGCUAACACCACUCCGGAAUAACAGAAACGCGCUCCAGAUCCGUUUCGGGGCCUAAGUAUAUGUUUAUAAAUUGUAUUUUAAACUGUUACAUUCCGAAUUUAUCAUAUUUAUAAUAUUCGACGGAUUGAGAGAUACAAGAGACACCUAUGUUAAUAGACUUGGAUCACUAGCCUAUAUGCCUAUGUUAUGUAUUGCCACGUUCUGUCUCUCUUCAUGUUCCUGACACAGUCGCUAUUAUUAUUCAAGUGUUAUGAAUUUUCUUGCGUGUUAAUUAAGAUUUGUCUGUAACCAGUUAGCAAUUAACUUGGCGGUCGCAAUUGCUUGAGCAGGCUGACAUAUUUAUUAGCUAUAUGUCAUUGAAGCUAACGAUUUAUAUGCUGAGAUCUAUUAGAGCAAGAGCCAGUGGACCCAAGAUCUACGUUAUUUUAUUAAAGCUGAAAGUUUGUCAGCGCAAGCUCCAACUUCAGGUACGAACGAUGGACCAUUAUGGAGUUUGGGUUACAGUGGCUUUGGCAGGUAAACGGUACUAAAGGUGUGUUAAAUACCGAUCUAAAUACAUCAAAUAAUAAUGUGCGAUUUUAAGGUAUUUACCUUCAGAAUAUUAUUAAAAAUCAAUUAUUCUUUGCCAGAUACUUAACAUCGUGGCAGCCCCUUGCCAGAUACCCUUAAUGUUCAUGAAAUUAUAAUUUUACUUACGUCAUAGUAUAAAAGCUGAUUUUUGUAUAUAACAUUUGGGUAAUAAGUAGAUGUUUCCUCAUUAGCCAGAGCUUUUUGAUAGAACCAACCCUUUGCCAGACAAACAUUGUAAAUCGUAAUAUUUAUAUAUUGUAUUUUAUAAAAUAACGUAGAUCUGGGGUCCACGGGCUCUUAGACCAUAUAGAGCGUUCUUAGACUUUGCUCAGACUUUACUUACGUAAAACUCAACUUAAGUAAAGCUUAGCAUAAUAAUUAAUUUCGUUUUUAAAGUCAUUUGACAUCUGAAAUUUUGCUGAGCUCAGGUUAAGAUAGCCCAGAUAUGCAAAAGUUAAGUUCACGUUUUAUCACACUCAGAUAAGAUUUACAUAAGUAAAGUCUGAGCAAAGUCUAAGUACCUACGCUCUAUAGAUCUCAGCCUUAAGCCUGGUAUCCACCAAAGCGGACAGGAGACGAAAGGAGAUAAGAAAUCUGAUUGGUUAUUAAAAUACAUCUCCUUUCCUCUUCGCUUUGGUGGAUACCGGGUCUUAAUCCGAGGACGUAACAAAUUAAUAGUUAUAAUACACGUAAACAUUGAAGUAUUGAUAUCAUAUUUCCGCUCGCAUGGGUAAUUCAUAACGUUAUUGUGGAAACUCCAAAAGCAAGAUAAUACCGUUUUUUAGAAUAAGUUAAUCAUAACGGAAAUGCUACAUUCGUAAUUUUUAUAUGUAAAUUGGCCUAUGAAUUUAAUUGUGAUGAAAUUAUAUCUUUUUUCUUAUUAUGUCUAUUGGAUCAGUAAAUAAUAUUGUCUUCGAUCUUGUUGGUAAAUUAAAGCUUAAAUUAUGUUA